AUGUCUAAAGGGAAUAAAGAUAAGAAAGAUGAGCCUUGGGAGCUUUCAUAUGCCAGAGAUGGGGUUGAGUUUAAUGGUGAUGAUUUAGAAGGACUGCUGGAACAUGGUUCAGACGGGAGACGAAGAUUAUCGAACGAUAAUCUAGUCUCUUCGCAUUUAAAUCAGUGGAAUUACAAUCAUAACCGGGGGGCGUUGAUGCAAGGGAUUGAAGAGGCUCAAGGUUUGGUUACUGAUUUGGUUAAUGAAAAUGGAGAGCGUCCCAUGCAUAUUCCGGAGAGUGAUCUGCAAAUAUUACAGGUUAGUUUGAAGUUGGAUGGGAACUGGCAAAAUAACUUUUCUUUAGAUAAGGAGGCUUUGGCACAUGUUUUUAAUAGUCAAGCAAAGUCUGCUUCAAAGCAUUUGGGGAAUUUGUUGGUUCGUGUCCAAGAUACAUCUUCAAAAGUAUUCAUUACUGGAGACUUGAAUGCGGGAAAGUCAACGUUAUGCAAUGCGCUGUUGCGGAAACAGCUUCUCCCGGAGGACCAACUUCCAUGUACCAAUGUUUUCUGUGAAAUCCUGGAGGCACGUGAGAACGACAACAUUGAACAAGUGCAUGCGAUUUCAUUAUCCGUUGCUGCUAGUGUGAAGGAAGCCUACGAUGUGUAUGACAUCCAAGACCGUUCGACUUAUGAAGUGUUUCCUCUAGAGGAACUAAGCAGUCUGGUUCAUAAGAACUCCGAGUAUUCACUUUUGAAAAUUUAUAUCAAGGAUGAUCAGCGCCCUGCAGAAACUAGCUUGUUGAGAAAUGGCACGGCGGAUAUUGCUUUGAUCGAUUCCCCGGGGCUAAACAUGGACUCAGUGCAAACUACCCAAGUCAUGUCUCGUCAAGAGGAGAUUGACUUGGUGAUCUUCGUGGUAAACGCUGAAAAUCAGCUCACACUUUCGGGUAAAGAAUUCAUCUCGAUCGCUUCUAAGGAAAAGAAGCUUAUGUUUUUUGUUGUGAACAAGUUCGAUCAAAUUAAAGACAAACAGCGUUGUAAGAAACUCAUCUUAGAUCAAAUAAAAGAGAUUUCUCCGGAGACGUUCAAGAAAUCUGCAGAGUUCGUACACUUUGUUUCCAGUGAAGGAGUAAUCCCUAAUGACACCCAUGAAGAGGGCGGUAGCGGACCUGGAGGCGACCCAGAUUACGAUAACCUUGUCCCACCUGAUCCUCAUUUUGAAAGCUUGGAAAACAGUUUACGCAACUUUAUCUUAAAGAAAAGGUCACUAUCCAAGUUGUUGCCUGCAAAAACAUACUUGAUGAAAUUGCUAUACGACGUGGAAAGAAUUUCUGCCUGGAACGUACAUGUAUACAAGGAUGAAGAAAGUCAGUUGAAUAUAGAACUAAAUGAGUUGGCCCCACUGAUCCAAGGAACUAAGACGCAUUGUAUCAAGUUAACUGAAUCCGUUGACAAAAAGACAGAAGAUUCCGUCACUGAUGUGUACGAGUCUACUAGGCAUCGUAUUCUUGCUUCAUUGGAAUUAUUACCGUCAGAUUUCCCAGCAUACGAUGGACUUUCGAACAUACAUGACUACAUCUUCCGUACAAGGCAGUUUAUUAUCGAACGGAUCAAAUCGAGUGUUGUUACUAGUGAACUAGAUGCCAGGAAUAAAACAACUGAGGUCGUCGAUGAUAUCAAUAAAAUGGCAAAAAAUGCUCUUGGCGAUGAUUUCAUGUCGAACAGAGUGUUUAAGAGCGACUUAAUGUUUACUAGAAGGAAACACUCACUAGGAAAACAAUUAACUGUUCCAUUCAACAUGCUGGACUUAUUCGCUCCUUCAUGGGAAGGUUUUGUGUUGUACGUCACUUGCGGAUUUAGUAUAAGGCCAAAACAAGAAACGCUUAAAUCUUCUGACUCAAAUUCAGUUGUAACUACACUAGGCUUAACAAACUACUCCAUAAGCAAAUACUGGACAAACCCAUCAUUAAUAUUUACGUCCAAGAUCCCAACCUUGGCAAUUUAUUCAUAUGGAGGUGUAAAAGUGGUUACAAAUUUCCUCCUCUAUGGCACAAGAUUCUUUACUUGGCAGUCGUUCAAAAAGUUAUCAACCUCAUUCGUACUCAUUGGUUCUGUGCUUGGAAUUGCAUACCUCAUAAGCGACCUACCUAGAGCUUUACCAAUGAACUUGUCAAAAAAUUACAAGAAAAAGCUCCAGGACUUAAACUACAUCCACUCUAACGCAGAUAGGAUAUCUAAGGAAGUCCGUGAAGUGUUAAAAAUCCCUACCCGUGAAAUCGUAAAGUCUUGUGAAUUGGUUCUGGAUCGUAAACAGGCUCAAAAGAAAACGUUAGAGAGCAAAAUGCAGAACAACGCUCUAAGUAUUAACUUUUUCCAACGUCUAGCAGAAAGGGCUUCUAAACACAGGCAACUCAUUGAAGAGAUUAAUUUGGAUGUGGACUAG